ACAUGAAUUAUGUUUAAUUGAUCGUACUUCAAUGGAUCGGUAGGAUAUUGACAAAACAAGAGCGAUCGAACUCGGUGCUCGCUAUGUUGAUAGUCAGUGGAAAUCGGUGAAUGAAAAUGAAGUGGAACUGUCCGUUAUGAGUGGAGGAUUCAGCAGCCGCCUGUAUGUACUAGAGGACAUUUCCUCUUCCACAUCAAAUGAAACAAAAACGUUUCUGAUUCGUCUUUACGGUGGGAAAUUAGUAAAUGAAGACGACCCGUUUAAGACGGAUAGCUGUGAAGUUAACGAGACUCUUGUGUUCUAUGCCAUCAGUCUGGCGGGUUUAGGACCGCGAUUAUACGGUUCAUUUGACGGUGGUCGUGUCGAAGAGUUUGUACCUUCGCAUGUGCUUCGUGAAAAAGACUAUGAACAGAGACCGGAAACAGUUUUGGAACUUGCAAGGAAAUUGGCUCGUUUCCAUGCUUUAAAUUUACCAAUAUCGAAGGAACGUAAUCGAAUACUUGAGGCGUGCGAGCAUCAACUUCAAAACAGAGACCUGGAAAAGUUCCGGAAAGUCGCUGAUCAUGUUGGCAUGACCGACAUAAGUGCCUAUGAACAUUUUGAUGUUCAAUCAGAGAUUAGUUGGUUGAAAAAGCUUGAGAGUUCAGUUGGUGGUCGGAUAGUUACAACUCUUGGCGAUAUUAACAAGAACAACAUUCUAGUACUCGAUAAGCCAGAUAAGUUUGGUGAGAGAGUGAUGAUCAUCGAUUACGAAGGUUUUUCCAUGGAUUUUCGUGGUCGAGAUAUCGGACAAAUUUUCCUCAUGAAAAUUGUGGAAAACAAUGAUGGUUACCUAUGUAGAAGCUGCGAUUAUCCUGACGAAGCGUGGCGACGUAAAUUUAUAGCCGAAUAUUUGAAAGAAACGGAAUCGAUGAACAAUUUCUUGUGGAAUGAAAAUUUGGACAAUGUGGAACAUUUGGUGAUGGAAACUGAAUUUUUUGUGUUUCACUCCAUUCAUGUGAUUAUUGGCUUUUUAUUAAAUCAAGGCGACGACAGUUUCUUCUAUAAAAUGGAAACGGAUCAGGCAAUGAGCUUUCUGACGAUGGGAUUGUAUUUCAUUGAAGUGUAUCAACAGAGAAAAACCAUUUUCGUCCAAACUUACGGCAAACAAUUGAACUUGAGCGAGUAAUGUAAUAUUUUUAACUUUAACUAACAAAU